UCCUUUUUUUCUUCUUCUUUUGUUGAUUCUAAAUUAAUUCUUCUUCUUGUAUCUAUUUACUUUGUUUUAUAUGUUAUAUUUUUAUUUCUAUUUUAUCUAAAAUUCUAUUUAUUCUCAAAAAAAGACGGAUGGUACUGGAAAACAGCAUCGAGACGGCACCAUUGACUCAGCAGUCUUCAAGAACUUCUUAUCAAUCUUUCUCAAGUAAUACGUACGAUCGUACUGGCUCUAGUUCUUCUUGGGAUGUUGAAAUUGAUGUCAAAAACCAAGUAAAUACUGGUAUUACUGAUGAAAAUGAACCAUUUUCUUGGAAAAAACUUCUCAAGUACACUGGACCAGGUUGGCUCAUGGCUAUUGCUUAUCUUGACCCAGGCAAUUUGGAGUCAGAUCUACAAGCUGGUUCUAUUGCUGGUUACAAACUAUUAUGGCUGUUAUUUUGGUGUCAUGUUGCAGGAUUGGCCAUUCAAACACUAGCUAUCCGUCUAGGUGUAGUGACAGGAAAACAUCUUGCACAACAUGUACGACAAUCAUACAAUAGACCAACCGGUAUUAUUAUUUGGAUGUUUACUCAAAGUGCUAUUAUUGGAUCCGAUAUACAAGAAAUUGUGGGAACAGCUAUUGCAUUACGGAUUAUCUUUGGUUUCAGCAUAUGGGUUGGUGUAUUAAUCACGGCGACAGAUACCUUCUUGUUUAUGUUUUUACAACAAUACGGAGUACGGAAAAUCGAACUCUUCUUUAUCACAUUGAUUGCUAUCAUGAUAUGUUGCUUUUGGAUUGAAAUGAUCUCUUCUGGUCCUGAUAUUAGUCUUAUAUUAGAAGGCAUGGUUAUUCCAGAAAUCCCAUCAAAUGCUGCUGUUCAAGCUGUUGGAAUGAUAGGUUGCUUGUUGAUGCCUCAUGAUAUGUUUUUACAUAGUGCAUUAGUAGGAUCAAGAAAUUUAGGAACACAACCAAGUAUUGCUAAAAAAAAGGAAGCCAAUUUCUAUUUUACUUUGGAAUCUGGUUUGGCAUUAUUAACCUCUUAUUUUAUCAACUUGUCAAUUGUUGUCGUAUUUGCUCAAGUCUUUUAUCAACCUGGUAAAACUAUCACUCAACUACCUGGAUUAUAUGAUGCGGCUGAAGUACUACAAAGAUCUCUUGGAGGAUUUGCUCGUUAUUUAUGGGCAGCUGGAUUAUUGGCGGCUGGACAAAGUUCGACAAUGACAGGAACAUUAGCUGGUCAAUAUGUGAUGGAAGGCUUUUUUGGUGCAUUCUUUAAAAAACAGUGGCAUCGAGUGGCAAUUACAAGGGCUAUUGCUUUGAUUCCAAGUAUGUUGGUAGCUGUCUUGGCUGUAGAUCGAUUUGAUACAAUGGGUGAAAUUUUGAAUGUGAUACAAAGUCUCUGUCUUCCUAUGGCAGUCAUUCCUUUACUGAAAUUAACAUCCUCUAGUGACAUUAUGACGAAACAAUUCAAGAAUACUCGUACUUUGGAUUACAUUUGUUGGUCAAUAUCUUGGAUUGUGAUUGGAUUCAAUGCUUAUGCGUUUCUGACUUUUAUCGAAAGCUUUGGUUUUAGUCUUAUAUUGACUGGAUUCAGUAUUGCAUACUUUGGAUUCAUUGCCUAUUUAGUCUAUUCUCCUUUAUCAUCAUGUGAAGCUCUGAUCAAAUGACUAGUUUAGUUUUGAUUUUAUGAUAGAAAUUUUUUUUUAAUAUAUGUAUAUCCACUAUUCAUUUUUAUACUCUCAAUAAAUGUUCAAAAUGGAACUUUUUGAAAUUCAA